GGCUCAGACCGUGUGCGACCGGGGCGACCGGACCGGCGCCAUGGUGUGCCUUCGGCUCUGGGCGCUUUUUCUAAGCGCGCUCUGUGCCGCACUGAACGUAGCAGGUGCUCAGCACCGUGGCGCGCCCGGGGCGUCGGCCUUGAAGGAUGUGCUCCAGGCCGUGGAGGAUGACACUUCCGAGAAGUCGCUGAAGGAGGACUUCUCUCAGAAGGAGGCUGUGGAGGCGACCUCGCAGAUGUCUCGCACCGUGGCAGACCUGGAGGCCAAGUUGAACACCAUGAAGAAGAUGGCGCUUUUGCAGACCGCAGAGACCAAGGCAGCACUGGCCAGCCUGGAAGAAAAGCUCUCGCUGGCCGAGGAGGAGGCCGCUGAGAAGACCGGCGCAUUGGACGUCUCCGAGGCUCACGCGAAGGACUUGGAGCAGCAACUGAUGCAGGAGAUGGCAAGGAGGCGGAAAGCAGAGGAGGAGCCCUACUUGACUGGUGCUGUGAUACCUACCGAACGGCCGGUGUCCUUCCUCCAGAUGCGCUCCGUGGAGGAGAUUGCAGCCAUGAAGGCAGAGCUGGCGCAGGUAAAGGCAAAGAUCGAGGAGGAGCAACGCUUGGGCCGCAGCUCCAACGAGCAGCUGCUGAGCGAGAGCCGUGAAGUGGUGGCCUCGCAGCGGAAGUUGCAGAAGCUGCAAAAGGAAGCGAAGCGCAUGGAACGUGAGGCCAAGAAGAAGGAUGCGGCGUUCACCAGCGCAGAGCAGAAGCUGGGAGUGAAAGGCCCAGGUUCCAAGCCUCAGGUGGUCGCAAUGGCCCGGCAGAUUGGGGCAGCGCGGAUGGAACUGCAAGAGCUCCGUCAUCAGCGUCUGCAGCUCCGUCAGCAGCUCCGGGAGCAACAGGAGGCCCUCGAUCGGGCGAACCUGGAUGUCAAGCGGCACUCGGAGCACGUGGAGCUGUUGAAGACACGAGGGAAAGACUUGGAGCAGUUGAUGAGGAACAUGGACCAGGCGGAUGAGAAGCAGCUCCGCCAGGCGACCGACGAGUCGAAGCGGGUGCAGUCCUUCUUCGCCUCGAUGGACCAGGAACUGCAGAAGGCUCGAACCAAGAAGGCCGAAUUGGACGCGCAGGUGGCCAAGGUCGCAGCAGAGCGGCAGAAGGAGGAGCAGCGCGCCAAGAAUGAGGAGACGGAGGCCAAGGCGAUUGGCAGUGAAGUGGAAGAGGCCGAGAAUGAACUCCACCAGGUGAAGCAGGAGAUCACCAAGUUGAACGUCCAGAUCUUCCAAGAGAAGCAGAAGGCGAAGUCGAUGGAGAAGGCGGUGCAGAAUGAGCAGCUGAAGUAUCGCCAGGAACUGAAAGAGAAGGAACUGCGGGACCAGCAGGUCCAAAACUUGACGGCCAUGUUGACCGGCAAGGACCAGGCCAUGAACAGCCUGGAGGGCCGCUACCGAAAGCUGCAGCGAAAGGCAUUGGCGGCGAAGAAGCUCUUGGAGAAGGAAGAGAAGAAAGCCAAACUCCAGGAGCUUUCCGCCCAGCAGCAGCUGGAAGCUGAGGAGAAGAAGGCUGAGAAGAAGGCGACGGAGGAGUCCUUGCAGCUUCAAGAAGUGAAGAAGCAGCUGAAGGAGGAGGGCGAGAAAGCCCAGAAGGCCUUUGACGAGCAGGUGAAGCUCAUGCAGAAGAAGCAUGCAAAGGAGGUCAAAGAACAGGAAGAGAAGAUCGGACAUCAGGUCAAGAUCGAGAGGGGUCGAGUGAUGGAGAAGGUCGCGCAAUUGGAGAAGGAGCUGAAGCACGAGAAGGACAUCUCCAACGAAGAGGCUGCGCUGGCGGCCCAGAAGGAGGAGGAGCUCCGGGAAGAGCUCCGACGCACCAAGGAGGAGGAAGACCAAAAGGUGGAAGAAUACCAUGGAAAAGUGAGCGAUUUAGAGGUCAGCCUGGAAAAGCAGAGACAGGCCUCCUCGCAAAAGGUGAAGGUGGCCAAGGCCAAGCUGCAGAAGCUGCAGAGCGAGGUGAUCAGUGAAGAGGAGGCGCUGACCAGCAAGAAGGCAGAACUGUCACGAGUUGAGAAGGAGGCCCAGGCCAUGGAAGCCAAAGCCAAGUCGGCGGAGGCCUCGCAGUCGGCGGAGGAGAAGCACCUCCAAGCUAAGCUGAAAGCAGCAGCCACCAUGGAAAGAAGAGCACAUCUUGGCCCACACAGUAUGCUGGCCAACGUGACGUCGGCGGGUCAAAGGGAUGACAGCCCUGCAACGACAGGCAGAGCAUCAGGCUGCACAGCUGCGGAAGAUGAUCGCAGACGAGAAGCAGAUGGAGCAGGAGCAGGUGGCGGCGCUGGAGCACGAGAUCCGUGAGGCAAAGGCCUCUCCAAAAGUGUCUCAAGUGGUCAAAGUUCACGCCAAGUUCCUCCGCGCCUGACUGAGUCAAGUGUUUCGCUUGACCUUCCUUAGCGCGGGAAGCACCAUGCAGUGCCAUGGGCGGGCGUUGCCUGCGGCAACGCCAUGCGCAGGGCAGCAGUGCGGGCGCAAAAAGGGGGUCGCGGAGCUUGGGAUGGAGAUGAAUGGUUUGAACUCACGACUGCUUAAUGGAUAUGAUAAAUCUCCCUCUCUC